GUGCAAGGUAGUGUUUUGAAUUUCAAGACGAAGCUUUAUCGGUGUUUGGAAUGUUUAUGACCAAAAUUUGCACCGUCGUUAUGAAAAUAAGAAUCUCGUUUGUAUUUUUAAUGUAAUUUGAACGUUUAAGUUCUCAACCUAAUUUCUUCAUAAGUCUGCUGCAAGUCGUUUUUUUUAAAUGACCUGACGUCAUUCUUUCUUCUGCAAAGAAUUCUCUGCUAUGAAAUAGGUGUAAUCAAUCAGUAAUGUUUUCCAGAGGUGCUAUUCGUCUCCUACCUACAAGAAAUAAGUCACUCUUUAACUUGCUCAUUUAUGGUGUUAGAAAUUAUUCAAGUUUCCUUAAAGAUGCUAGGUUUCAUAAUCCCUGCGUUUUAACUAGAAGGUCUUUUCACACCACCGGCCGACUAAAGGUAGCCAAGUUAUUAUCCCUCGAUGAAAUGUUCUCGAGGAGGUCCCUUUUGGACUACCUGAAAAAGAUGGACUUGGAGUACAGCGACUGUUUGACAGUGGUCAACAGCGAUGACCAGAGCAGAGAGGAAGAGCUGAGGGCCAAAAGAACCAAAUUGUCCCUGCUGGCACCCCUUAUCCAGACCAUCAGGGAGCUGGAUGUCAAGCAGAAGGAGAUGAUUGAGACUGAGGCACUUCUAAAGGAUGAAGAUUUGCGAGAACUGGCCGAGCAGGAGAGGGAAGCCUUGAAUCGAGCCAUUGAGGACCUGAGGCGGAAGAUAUUAGAUCUACUGAUCACAGAGGAGGAGGACGAUUUGAGCGAACUCGUGCUGGAAGUGACGGCAGGAGUCGGCGGGCAGGAAGCCAUGCUGUUCACCGCAGAGCUGUUCGACAUGUACGAGGGCUUCGCUCAGCACAACGGCUGGUCCUUUGACGUCCUGGAACACAUGAACAGUGACUUAGGCGGGCUGCGUCACGCCUCGGCGAGCAUCAGCGGCCAUCACAGCUACAAGAGGAUGAAGUUCGAAGGCGGCGUUCACCGUGUCCAGCGUGUCCCCAAGACGGAAAAGCAGGGCCGCAUGCACACGAGCACCAUGACUGUGGCCGUGUUGCCUCAACCCACUGAGAUCUCCUUCACGAUCAACCCGAAGGACCUGAGGAUCGAAACCAAGCGGGCCAGCGGCGCUGGGGGUCAACACGUCAACACCACGGACAGCGCCGUCAGAAUAGUGCACCUGCCCACUGGUGUUGUGGCAGAAUGUCAGCAGGAGCGGUCUCAACUAAAGAACAAGGAGAAGGCCAUGAAAGCACUGCGAGCCAAACUCUAUGGCAUGAAGCUCGAAGAGGAGACUAGCAAGCGCUAUAAUCAGCGCAAAGUACAGAUUGGUACCAAAGGCCGAUCCGAGAAGAUCCGCACGUACAACUUCGCCCAAGAUCGCAUCACCGACCACCGGAUCGGUUUGACGCUGUAUGACGUCAAGACGUUCCUGCUCGGCGAAGAUCUGUUGGAUGAGAUGAACUCCUCAUUGCAGGAGUUCUCCUACCAGGAGGAGCUCAUGGAACUUCUGGGGGAAAAUGACGACAAUAAAGGAUGAUCAGGAGUUUAGACCAAAUAUUUAGUAGCGUUGUUCCAAUCAUGUUUUUUUGCUCCCGAUCCGAUGCCGAUCGUUUUAGUUUGAGUAUCUGCCGAUCCCGAUAUUUCCCGAUCCAAUUGUUUUUUUGUUUUUUUGCUCCCGAUUCAAUUCCAGUCAUUCCCGAUAAUUUUUCCCGAUCAUAUACAUUUUGGCAAAGCAUUAAGAAAAAAUUGAAUAAAACUCGGACGAAUAUAUACAUUCAACAUACAGUACAUAAGUACUGUAUUUCUUUAUUAUGAUAAUAAAUCCUCAAGAUGGCAUUUACAUUAUUAACAUUCUUUCUGUGAGAGGGAUCCACGGAUAGAAAAACUUGUAAUUCUUAAAGGAUAAAUGUGACUUUGUAUAUUGUGACUAAAUAUUGCCAUCUAGUGUAUUUGUUGAGCUUUCAGUAAAUGAUACUGUAGCCAUUUAACUGUUCUGCCCAAAUGUAUGAUGGGAAGUGCAACCAUGACUGUGCAUAGUGGCACCAAUUAUAUAUCUUCUCUGCAUUGGGAAAUAACAUAGGGUGUUAAGAAAAAGAUCAACCACUACCUUUCUUUCCCACAUUGCUUCUCACGAUAUUUCUAAUUUUUGAGAGAGGGAUUGCAAGGCUUUAGCCAAUUAAAAAAAGGCUCCAAAGACUGCCAAAAUUCACUUUACUCAUUUUACGCUGCCUUUUACCUCUAUAAAUAGAUAAAAUGGCGCCGUUAUAGAUUGAAUGCGACAAUGCAUGAGUGGGUUGGCAGCGCAUGCGGUAAUUGCGUUAAAUACUUUAACGUGAUUAAUUUUGAAAAAAUUACCACCGUUAACGCGAUAAAUUUGAUAGCCCUAUUUUAAGCCAGAACUAAAGACUCUGGAUGGAUGUAAGACAUUUUGUCUGUAACGUUAAAUACAAUUAGAAAACGAUUCAAUUAAAAAUAUAUAUAUAUACAGGGUGACCCAAAAAGAUGCGUACCCAUGAAAAUUUCA